CCAGAGCGGAAGUUGUUCUGUGUCUCUUCUAACUUGACGUAUGGACAGACUCCGAUGGAUCUGCAGCAGAAGAAGUAACGUUGGAGCGCAGUAACGGACAGUUUGGAGCUCUGCGUUUCACUCAGCUAUGCAUUUCCGGGAGUGGUUACGGUCACUUCGCUCCAGCUCUGGAUUUAAAGGAUCAGAAUCGGAGGAUUUGUGGAGUCUCCUGCCAUCUUUGCCUCUGUCCUCCUUCUCCCUGUCCUCCCUGUCUCUGUCUCCGUCCUCUCUGCUGGGCUUAGGAGCUCUGGCCUCCCUCACCGCCUACUGGCUGGUGACCCGUCCUCGACCCAUGCGUCCUCCCUGUGAUCUGCAAGCCCAGUCUGUAGCAGUCAACGGAGAUCCCGGCUGCAGGCGGUCGGCUCUUCUUCAAGAUGACUCUCUGCUGGAGUUCUACUAUGAGGACACCAGGACGGCCUAUGACAUGUUCCAGAGAGGCCUGAGGAUCGCAGGAAACGGCCCGUGUCUUGGCUUCAGGAAGCCCGGUCAGCCCUACCAGUGGAUCUCCUACACUGAGGUGGCUCAGCAGGCACAUAUUCUGGGCUCUGGGCUGCUGGCAAAAGGCUGCCAGCCGAAUUCCCAGCAAUUUGUUGGGAUAUUUGCACAGAACAGGCCAGAGUGGAUCAUCUCAGAGCUGGCCUGCUACACCUACUCCAUGGUGGUGGUGCCUCUGUAUGACACACUGGGGCUGGAGGCAAUGGUCCACAUCCUCAACCUUGCCGAGAUCUCUCUGGUGAUCUGUGACCGGGAGGAGAAGGCGGCAUCUUUGUUGGAGAACAAGGAGAAAGGCAUUAUUCCAAACAUCUCCUGCUUGGUUCUCUUCGACGACUUCAGCGGAGCCUUAGUGGAGAGGGCCCAGAAGUGCGAGGUGGAGGUUUUGAAACUGGAGCAGCUCAUGGAGCUGGGCAGGCAGAACCUCAAAGAUCCUGUGCCGCCCCAGCCUCAGGAUCUGGCCGUGGUCUGCUUCACCAGUGGAACCACAGGGAAGCCCAAGGGAGCCAUGAUCACCCACGGCAACAUCGCCUCCAACACUUCCUCUGUCAUUAAGAUCCUGGAGGGUUCGUUUGUGAUCCGACAGGAGGAUGUGUCGAUCUCUUACCUGCCGCUUGCCCACAUGUUUGAGAGGAUGAUUCAGGUCUCCAUGUUCUGCCAUGGGGCCCGAGUAGGAUUCUACCAAGGGGACAUUUCUCUACUUAUGGAUGACAUUAAAACUCUCAAACCUACUUUCUUUCCUGUCGUGCCUCGUCUGCUCAACCGCAUCUAUGACAAGAUCCUGGGCUCUGUGACCUCUCCGUUCAGACGGGCUUUGCUUCACUACGCCGUGAGGAGGAAGCAGGCAGAGCUCAGCAGCGGAGUCGUGCGUAACAACAGUCUGUGGGACAAACUGGUCUUCAACAGGAUCCAGUCCAGCUUAGGAGGUAAUCUACGCUUCGCCCUGACUGCUUCAGCGCCCAUCUCCACCACGGUGCUGUCCUUCCUCAGAGCCACUCUGGGCUGCCUCAUAUUUGAGGGUUAUGGACAGACGGAGUGCACCGCAGGCUGCACGUUCUCGAUGCCGGGCGACUGGAGCACAGGUCACGUUGGCGCUCCUUUACCCUGUGCCAUGGUGAAGCUGGUCGACAUCCCCGACAUGAACUACUACGCUAAGAACGGAGAGGGAGAGAUUUGUAUUCGUGGCCCCAGUGUGUUCAGAGGCUACCUGAGGGACCCUGAACGGACAGCUGAGGCCUUGGACAGCGAUGGCUGGCUGCACUCUGGAGACGUGGGCCAGUGGCUUCCAAAUGGGACGUUACGCAUCAUUGACAGAAAGAAGCACAUCUUCAAGCUGUCGCAGGGAGAGUACAUCGCUCCAGAGAAGAUAGAGAAUGUCUACAUGCGUUGUAUUCCUGUUCUCCAGGUGUUUGUGCACGGAGAUAGUUUGCAGUCCUAUCUCAUAGGCAUAGUUGUGCCUGACCCCGAGGUGUUUGUGGACUGGGCUAAAGAUCGGGGAUUUGUAGGAUCCCAUGAGGAGCUGUGCCAAAAUCCUGAUGUAAAGAACGCAGUAUUAGAGGACAUGAAAGCUGUGGGGAAGGAAGCAGGACUGAAGUCGUUUGAACAAGUAAAGGAUCUUUACUUGCAUCCAGAGACGUUCACUGUCGCCAACGGCCUUCUCACGCCCACCUUGAAAAGCAGACGCACCGACAUCCGCAGAGUCUUUCAGGAACAGAUAUCUAGCAUGUACAGCAAGACGCCGAUUUAACUCCACUCAGUAAUUUUACACACAACGCCCGAAGGUGUCCAAUAAGAGAAAACAUCGGACCUGGGGGAUGACAUGAAACAUUCUGAAGUGCCUCAUCUAAAAUCUACAACUGAAUAUAUUUUGGAAUUUAUUAUAUUUUAAAGAAAUUUUAACUGGUGUCCACCAGUGACCAAUUCUUACACAUCCACUGAUCAGCCGCAACACUGAAAGCACCUGGCUCAGACAUUAGAAGCAUAUCUUUUAAGGCUUGUCAGUUGCAGGACGGCUUCUGUGAAUCUGACUUGUUUUCUAGCACAACCACAGACGCUCUACUGGAUCGACAUCUGAACAGUUUGGAGGCUAAGUCAACACCUUGAGCUUUUUGUCAUGUUCCUCAAACAACUCCUGAACAGUGUUUGUGAUAUUGCAUCAUCCUUACAGAGGGAUCAGCAUGUCCACUCUGAGCCUCUGCAGGUAGCUGUGAUGUGUAACUCUUGUAUCGUAGGCUAAGUUAAGGUUUCAGCAGUUUGUACUAUCAUAGCUCUUCUGUGGAAUCAGACCUCCAUGACCCCGUCACCGAUUUACUGGUUGUCGUUCCUUGGACCUCUUGGACCCACUGCAUACUGGGAACACUCUACAAGAGUUGCGUGAGAUGUGCUGAUCCAGCCUCAGAUUCCUCUGAUUCAUAUUUUAUUUCCGCCUUCCACCACAUAAACUUCAACAAGUGACUGUUAAAUUGCUGUCUAAUUUAUCCAACUCCUUGACAGGUGCCAUUGUAAUGAGAGAAUCAAUGUUAAUCACUUCACAGGUCAACAGGUUUGAUAUUAUGUCAUUAUGACCACUGACAGCUGAAGUGAAUAACAUCGAUCAUCUUGCUAUAAUGCAACGUUCUGCUGGGAAACCUUAAGUCCUAACACUUAUGUGGAUGUUUGAUAUGUACCAUUCACCUAAACAUUACAGGUCAAGCAACCCCCCGUGGCAACAGCAGUCCUUGAUACCAGUUGCCACCCUCAGCAGGACAAUGCACCCCAACACACCGUAAGAACUGCUCAGGAGUGUCCCAGGGAACAUGACAGAGCUAAGCUGUUCACUCGGAUUCCACACCCCCCCAGAUCCAAAUCUUAUUGAGCAUCUGUGGGAUGUGCCAGCAUAAGCCUGAUCGAGGUAGGUCCCAGAGAAUUCACUGAAGCAGGACAUCCCCAGAGGUCCUGUAACAGAGGAGUUUUAGCAGCAUAAAGGGACCAAAACAAUAUUAGACAGGUGGUCAUAAGGUUACGCCUGAUUGGUGGUCAUGUAACGUCUUCACAUGAACACUAAGAGGAUGGGUCCAAACUGUUUAAAUUGAUGUCUUUUCCACUAAUUCAAGGCUCACUGGAGAAUUUUACAGGAGCAUAAAUUAUUGUUUAGUUGUAUAGUGGAGAAUCACAGAAGUUACUAGAAAGUCUCCUUCAGAAACAUCGAUACUUUGCACUGUUAUUUCCCCAAGUAAGGAUUUUCAAAGGGACGGUUACAGCUUUUUGGAUGCCGUUUCUCAUUGGAGUUCCAUUAACUGUAGGUUUCUUAUAACACGGCUGUUGGAUGAUUUAGGCUUUUUAAGAACAUGUUAGCUCGUUGGUCACAUGGUUUUCUAACUGGUUCUGAGGCAUUUCAUAAACAACUUGACCUUAAAGUUAAACUUUUAGUGAGCGUUUCAACCUGCAGUGAUUUGGAAAGAUAAAGCUGAACUGUACAUAUUGCUUAUGUUAAGAUUUGCCAACAGGACACUACUGACUAAUUCCAGUGAAGCAAAAGAACAGAAAUAAAGAAUAGUAAUGGA